AUGUCCUCUAUUACAAACCUCCUUCCCUAUGAAUGUCAAUUAUGCCAUACACAUUACAGCAAUAAAGCAAUUGCUGUGACAUGUCAAAAGCUAUACCUCGGAAAGAUACUGAAAGCUAUGAUGAAUGGUGAAGUAUCAGAAGAUGACUCCUCUUCUGAGUCAAGCCAGUUUAUGUUACCAGCAAUUUCUAGCUUGAUGCUUGAAGAGAACACAAACAUGAUUAGCAAUGAAAUCAGUGACAUUAGCAACAACACUGACCUUGAUGAGCCCAUGUACGAUAUUGAAUAUGAGAGCAACAUGGAAGAAUCAGUUGAUAUGGAUGGAAGCAAAAGUGCCACCUCACCUGUGGUUUUCGAUUUCAGCCAACCUUCUCCUGUCCCAAGCAACAAUGAUGCAAAGAACCUGGAGUUCAUUAGAAUCAUCAAUGACUUCAGCAUUUCCUAUCAAGCUCACGAGAAGCUUGCUGUGCAUCUCAACAGCAUUCUGGGGAUGUCAACCGAGAUAAUGUACAGAGUGUGUACACCAUACCUGGGAAAGGAGCUCUUGAAGUGUUUCUCUGGUGUAGAGAAAACAUUGUAUGACGUCUGCCAAAGCGGAUGUAUGAUAUUUAACAAGGCAGAGGAGGUUGCUUGCAAACAUUGUGGUGAAGCUUGCUACAAAAGCAACAAAACGGAUAAGGACGGUAUGCCCAUUGCUGAGAAAACCAUGGUCCAGAUUUCUUUGACCAGGCAAAUUGCCCUUUCUUUGGCCAACAGUAGUAUCAGACACGAGAUGUUAUACCACCACAGUUAUGAGCAAAAGGCAGAUAUUUUUGACAGGCACGCAUACCAGUCAAUCAAACAUCUUUUCUCUGGUGAAAAUGAUGUUGCAAUUUCUUUGUCUGUCAAUGGAUUUGCGCCCCAUAACGUCCCCGGUUCGAUUACUAUUCUGCAUGCCACAGUUCUUAAUCUUUCUCCAAUGGUCCGUUAUGAGAAAAGCUGGAUGUUGCAAAUUGCAAUGAUCUCAGGUCCUUCCGCACCACUUGAAUUUUGGUCAUUUUUGAAGCCAACCUUGGCAGACCUCAAGGUACUCCAGGAGGAAGGAAUGGUUGUUGUGACCUCAACUCUUACCAUCUGCACAAAGGUUCAUAUCCUCAUGGUAACUGAUGAUAUUCUGGCAGUGGCAAGACUGGCAUGUCUCACUGGCCAUAUGAGUAAAAGUGGCUGUCAAAUCUGUAAUGCUGUGGGCCAAACUCCUGGCCGUGGCCAAUAUUUUAGAUCUUUGCCAGACACCACUAUGCGCACUUUGGAAAGCUUCCAAAACUUUGAUCCAGAAAAUUAG